AUGAUCACGCGGCUUCUCGAUGCUGGGUAUGCUGGAAAGGUUACGAAGGCUGUCUGCCUCAAGAAUGCCGAAAUUACGGCCAUUUGUCAUGCAGCCCGAGAAGUCUUCUUAUCGCAAUCUGCAUUGGUGGAGCUGAGCCCCCCAGUAAAAAUUGUGGGGGAUGUGCAUGGCCAAUACACAGAUUUAAUUCGCAUGUUCGAAAUGUGUGGGUUUCCACCCAAUGCAAAUUACCUGUUUCUGGGCGAUUAUGUGGACCGGGGCAAACAGAGUCUUGAGACUAUUCUUUUGCUUCUAUGUUACAAACUCAAGUUUCCGGAGAAUUUCUUUUUACUAAGGGGGAAUCAUGAAUGUGCCAAUGUUACACGAGUGUAUGGAUUCUAUGAUGAGUGUAAGCGUCGGUGCACCAUCAAGAUUUGGAAAACCUUUAUCGAUACUUUUAACUGUCUUCCAAUUGCCUCAAUUGUUGCGGGUAAGAUCUUCUGUGUUCACGGUGGAUUAUCUCCAUCUCUUUCACAUAUGGACGAUAUCCGGCAAAUUGCACGCCCAACGGAUGUUCCCGACUACGGAUUGCUCAGCGAUCUCCUAUGGAGUGACCCGGCUGAUAUGCAAACGGAUUGGGAAGAGAAUGAGCGAGGGGUUAGUUACUGCUUUGGCAAGAAGGUUAUCUUGGAAUUUUUGGCGCGGCAUGACUUUGAUCUAGUAUGCCGGGCGCAUAUGGUUGUGGAGGAUGGAUAUGAGUUCUUCAAUGAUAGGACCCUAGUGACAGUCUUUUCGGCGCCGAACUAUUGCGGAGAAUUCGAUAAUUGGGGGGCUGUGAUGUCCGUUUCGGGCGAACUCUUGUGUAGCUUUGAGUUACUCAAGCCCCUAGACUCUGCAGCGUUGAAGCAGCAGAUGAAGAAAGGCAGGGGCAAGAGAGCAUCGUUGAUGUACCAGAGUCCGCCUGCAAGUAUGGCUGCCCAAAGCGUCUAAACUUGACGACCGUGUCUUCUAUUUUUCCCUAGCUUUUGUUCGGUGUCUGGACGAUUAUGACUGUAGCAUGCCAUGAAUCACCUGGGUUCCCGAGGCGGGAGAAGAGGUCCUUGACGAAUUUACAUGAUUUUCUGGAAACGCAGAGGGGGCAGUUUAUGAGGGUGGGUUGGAAGAGAAGUGAAGUGUGCUCGCAAACCGGUGGGGGUGAAUUUUGUCUUUCCAUUUUUUUCUUCUUUCUCUUUUUCUCAACUCUUUUUACUUUUUGCUUUCUACUUUCCUUUUACUUUUCCUUUCUUUUCUUUCUCAAGCGUUAUCGUCGGUGGGCAGAAGCAAGGUACGCCAUUGUGUAUCAAUACGGAAAAUAAGCAAAAAUACGUACAAUAUGUAUUUUGA